UUCACUCUGUGUUUCCUCCCUCUGCUCUUCUCAUGUGAACUCUUUGUCGUGUGUUCCCGCUCUCCCCGUGGCACUCUUGUGUUUUCAGUUUGACCUUUGUUGGAUUUAGUUUUCUUGGACUUGUUGAACUUCUCUCUGGAGAUGGUCGGUGGAAAAACACAAGGUGAAGGACCGGCAGACCUUCGACACAGGACAUCUGUCUCCACCCGGGACCAGGACACACACACAUUUUCCUCCAGUGAUCGAUUGAAGACAACAUCGGUAAUGGCCUUAACAGCUGUGCAAGCAGGGAGGACCCGCUGAUACAGAGGCCUCUCUUUUCCGGGGCUACCCUGCAGCACUCAGUGAAUUAAUCAGGACUCAUGAAGAAAGUAGUGUGUGUCCUCAUUAAACCCGGUGUUUUCCCUCUCAUGCACUGUGCCCAAAGAAGAAAGGACCCCCGUCUGUCCCAGGAGUUAAAGCAGCGAUGAGGAACUUUCAUUUUGUGUCGAUUUUGGAGGCCCCUGUGGACAAAGAGCUUUCUGCAUUUCACCCUCAGAGCAGAGACCCACCAUCACUCAGGAUGGAGCCCGGACCCUCCAGACUGCUGCCUGUGCUUCUCACCGGCUUCCUGAGCCUCUGGCUGUGUGCCAGAGGACAGUCGUCGUACACGAUAGACACUGUGGGACUCACAGUCCUACCUGGCAGCACCGUUCAAAGCGGGACACCAGUGACCUUACGCUGUCAGGUCAGCGUCAGUCAUGACAACAUCCCAGACCUGACGCAUACGUUCCUGAUCACGCGUGAUGACAUCCCCGUUCACACGUCCACCACCACAGAGGACUCAGUGGAGUAUGAGCUGAACCCGGCCAGGGCGGCCGACUCUGGGAGUUAUGAAUGUCGAGUCACCGUGAAGGGCAAGAACAAAGCCAGCUUCAGCCAAAAACUGGACGUCACAGGCCUGCAGACUCCAGUCCUGUACCUGAAUAAGACCAAGCCCUACGAGAAUGAAGAAUUUACGGCCACAUGCAGCGCUCCAGAGGAGAAAGGGCCGCUCUCUUUCCGUUUUUUCCAAAGAUCAAGGGACGGACACUCUAAGAAAAUUAAGCAACCGGCGCCCUCCUGGAACUCCUCAGAGACCAUGUUGGUCCUGAGGGCGGUCGGAGACAGCAUCCUGUACUGUGACUAUGAGAUCAACCUGGUUUCUGAGUCCAGACGCUCCAACAGCAGCAACGAGGUUCAAGUGAUCGUCAGAGGUCUCUACAUUUCCCCGACUGUGAAUGUUCUGCCCUCCUCGACUGUCUACGAGGGGGACAUACUGGAGGUGGUCUGCAGAGUUAAGAGUGAGCUUAAAAACAUUGAAGUUUUCCUGACGAAGGACAGGAAGAUCCUGAUGCAGGCUCCGGUCAGCCUGAGUCACCGCUUCACAGCACAGGAAAGCGACUCUGGGGAGCUCGUGUGCAAGGCCGAGUGGGGCAAUGUCCAAAAGGAGACAUAUCUGUCAAUCACUGUCAAAGAGCUGUUUUCAACGCCGACCCUGACUCUGGAUCCCGUGGAUCUGUUUGAGGGAGAUCGCUUCAAACUGUCCUGCUCCGUCUCCAUUAAUGCUCCUGAGAGGAUCACCAAUCAGAGCGUGAUGUACUCCUUCUACAAAGAUAACUUCAAGCUCACGAGUGGAGAGACGUUCAUUUCUGUGGCACACCCUCAAAAGAACGGGAACUACACGUGUAAAGCCCAGGCCGCUUCUCAUACGCGCAGCUUUGUCAAAGAAAGCAAAAAACUUGUUGUUAAAGCAAAAGUUCCUGUUUCUAAACCGACGCUGAGUGUGGUGGGGGGAACGCUGGUGUUGGGGAAACCCUUCCAGCUGAUCUGUCACAGUGACAAAGGCACCUUACCGAUUGACUUCACCUUGAACGGCCCUAAAAGGCUGCCCGAGGGCAAAGCUGUGAGAAAGCCUGGAGAACAGGCCGUCUUUGACUGUGCAGCCAUCUACAAGCAGACAGACCUCAACAACUUCAUCUGCCACGCCAAGAACAGUCAGAAAAGACCUGCAGAGGUCGGGUUAGGGCAGCAGCUGCUACGCACAACCAACAUCAUAGAGCCGGUCUCAGAUCCUGUGUUGACCAUGCUUCCCAGCAGCGGGGAUGUCUCUGAGGGGCAGGACCUGACUCUCUCCUGCUCCGUGCAGAGAGGCACUCCCCCCGUCAGCUUCACCUGGUAUCACAUCGGAAGAGAGGCCCCCCUCGGUUUCCAGGUCCCCAAGAAACUGGAGGGAUCCUUCAGGAUCAAGAAUGUCAAAGGAGAGGACCGAGGAGGAUACUUCUGUGAGAGCAGCAACCCUGCAAACGAAACCAAACGCAGUCGGACUGUCACGAUCGGAGUGAAGAUGGCCGGCUGGAAGAAAGGUCUAAUCGGAGUGUUCUGCCUCCUGCUCCUUCUCGCCUUGAUCCUCGUUGUGGUCUUCAGGAAACGCCUCAUUCAUUUUAAGAGGAAGAGAACCGCUGAGCUCUCAGUGAAGUCAGCCGGCACCAAAGUGGAGCGGCUGAGCCUCACCCAGGCCGAGGUCAACCAGGCUGCAAACGUGACUCCGGGCAUUAUGGGAAAAAAUGUGUGGAGUGAACGUGAAUCAGUCUCAGAGUCAGAUGACCAGAACAGUGUGACCUCUCCAGAGAAGCAGGAGCCUCGAUACACCGAGGUGCCGACCAGAGAAGAGGAUCCUGAGAAAGCUCCCGUGGAAAAGGUCACAAACACGUUGAACAACGCAGUCCGCAACUCCACACAAGGUGUUCCAGAGCAGACUGACAGUCAGGGGUCAGUGGAGUACGCUCAGCUGAAUCAUGACGCCAAUCAUCACAGCGACCACGCCAACCACGACGAACACAGUGUCCAAGAUGAGCACACAGACGCACCGGACAGCAGCUCUGAGAACACAGACGCCCCGACACCAGACUCUUAGUAUUUAUUCUCUUAUUUAUCAGACUUUGAGCUCAAAGCAGGCAUGUUCUUUUGUAUUUUGUAACACCUCCUCACUGUAAACUCACUCUGAAGCAGGAAUAAAAUAUUUUUGUGAAGUGA